ACACGUGGUUCUCUUGCAUGCCUUCUCUAGAUACCACUCGGUAUAUUCCCUCCACGCUUUUAUCUAUAUAGCUUUCUUCUUCCCUGUCAUCUGUUAUCUCUUUCCCGCCAUUUUCAAAGCUUAAUUAACCAUGUCUGCCUUUGUUGGAAAGUAUGCAGAUGAGCUUAUAAAGAAUGCCAAGUACAUAGCCACACCUGGGAAGGGUAUCUUGGCUGCAGAUGAGAGCACCGGCACCAUUGGAAAGCGUUUAGCCAGCAUUAACGUUGAGAACAUUGAGGCUAACCGCCAAGCUCUUAGACAGCUUCUCUUCACCUCACCGAAUGCCCUCCAAUACCUCUCUGGUGUCAUCCUCUUUGAGGAAACGCUUUACCAGAAAACCAGUGAUGGGAAGCCUUUUGUAGAGGUUCUUGAAGAGAACAAUGUCAUCCCAGGCAUCAAAGUGGACACGGGUGUUGUUGAGUUGGCUGGCACAAACGGUGAAACCACCACACAGGGCUUUGACUCUCUCGGAGCUCGGUGCCAGAAGUACUACAAGGCCGGUGCACGCUUUGCAAAGUGGCGUGCAGUUCUCAAAAUUGGCCCCACUGAGCCCUCUGAGCUUUCCAUCCAGCAAAAUGCACAGGGCUUGGCACGCUAUGCCAUCAUCUGCCAGGAGAAUGGCCUUGUGCCCAUUGUUGAGCCUGAGAUUCUCACUGAUGGACCUCAUGACAUAGCCAAAUGUGCUGCUGUCACUGAGACCGUGCUUGCAUCUGUUUACAAGGCUCUCAAUGAUCACCAUGUCCUUCUUGAAGGAACUCUUCUCAAGCCCAACAUGGUCACUCCAGGCUCUGAUAGCCCAAAGGUAGCAGCUGAGGUGAUUGCUGAGUACACAGUUCAAGCACUCCGGAGGACUGUCCCAGCUGCGGUGCCAGGGAUUGUGUUCCUGUCUGGUGGACAGAGUGAAGAAGAAGCCACCCUCAACCUCAAUGCAAUGAACAAGUUGGAGGUGUUGAAGCCAUGGACUCUCUCAUUCUCAUUUGGGAGAGCACUGCAGCAAAGCACACUCAAGACAUGGGGUGGAAAGGAAGAGAAUGUUGCCAAAGCUCAAGGAGCAUUCCUUGCAAGAUGCAAGGCCAAUUCUGAGGCAACUCUGGGGAAGUUUGCUGGUGGAAGCCAAGCUGGGUUGGCUUCUGAGAGUUUGUAUGAGAAGAACUACAAGUAUUAGGCUUCUAAGAGUGUGUCUGUUUCUCUGUUUGAAGUCUGUUUAAAUGUCAAUCCAUGGUUUUUGAUUCUGUCACGUUGAGGUACAUAGGAAAACGUGAGAAUGGAGAAACAAACACACUGUAAAUGAACUUGGGAACUGAUCUGGGGUGGGGGCAUUCUGGUAUAUGUGAUACAGUCUAAGCAUUUGCUUCUGAUUAACACGUUUAUUUUUUGGGUUA